UGGUCACACUAAUGUACCGCUGCUUAAAUAACAAUCAAUGAGUUGUUUAAAAAUCUCGCUUGCUUUUGUCAAAUUAUGCAUCAUAUUUAAUUGUGCGCACAAAGGACAUUUUUUUCGGGGCGGCUGGUCGUCGGUGUCAGCAAGGCGAGGGUGUGGUGACCGCAACACAUUAAUCUCAGUAGCAUUAGCUUUGUGAGUGACGAAAAAUUGCGCGCGUCCCGCUUGGAAAAAACGGCACGUGCUUGUUUGCAACAAAUUAUAUACAAAAUAUGAACGAGGGCCGAUAUGGUAGAUUUGGAGCACUCAUUGGCAUUGCAUACGUGAGCAGCACCCAUUGCCGUUUUCUGAUUUAUUCGACAAAGAAUGCUGAAGUGCUGGCCUAUCAUGAACUCAAACUGCGACAGAUAGUGCAUAAUGCCGGCUGGCUGGAAUACGAUCCCGCAGAAAUAUGGAAACACAUGCAGGAGUGCAUAGAGACUGCCUAUAAAAACCUGGUGAUAUUGGAAAUCAGUCCGCAUGACAUCAUUGCAGUGGGCAUUGCCAAUCAGCGCGGCACUACUGUGCUCUGGAACAAGCGAACGGGGCAAGCCUUACACAAUGCCAUUGGUUGGACCGAUUGUCGUAGCACUGCGCUGCUUAAGUCACUCCUCCAUAAUGUUAAGCGAAAUGUGAAUUAUUUGCGCUAUCGCAGUGGUUUACCAUUAAGCAGCUGCUUUAGCGCUCUGAAGAUCAAGUGGCUGAUAGAGCAUGUGCCGGCGGUUGGCAAGGCCAUCGAGGAGGACCAGUGCUUAUUUGGUACACUGGAUUCUUGGCUGAUAUGGAACCUAACUGGUGGCGUCGAUGUCGGCGUACAUUCAACCGACGUGACCAAUGCACACUAUACAUCGUUGAUGAAUGUUGCCACGCAACAAUGGGACAUCAAGUUGUGUAAAUUUUUCAAGCUGCCAAUGAGUAUACUGCCCCGCAUUCGUUCAAAUUCAGAGAUCUUCGGGUAUAUUCUUCAGGGUGCUUUGAUGGGCGUUCCCAUUGCGGGCGUAAUGGGCGAGCAGCCAGCUGCGUUGCUCGGUCAGCUGUGCGUCAAAGCGGGUCAGAAUGUUUGUACACUUGAUGACAGCUGUUUUGUGCUGCUGAACACUGCACAACAAAGAGUGGAGUCGGAAAAUGGUUUGAUAACGGGCAUAGCGCACAAAUUGGGACCCACAGCAGAUACGCAUUUUACGCUUGAGGGAGCUAUAUCCAAUGCCGGAUCCACUGUUAAUUGGCUGCGCCAGGGACUGCGUAUCAACACCGAAAUUAAUUCCAAUGACAAUGUUGUUGAGUCGCUAAAUACAUUCUUGGGCGAGAGCUCAAUGAUCUCUUCCUCUUGCUCCUCAAGCAUGCUCAACGCAGAGUGUGGACUGGCGGCGAAGCGCUCGGAGAUAACAUUUGUGCCCGCCUUCCAUGGCUUAUACGCGCCCUACUGGCGCUAUGAUGCGAGGGGAAUUAUACUUGGCCUGACCAGUCAAACUACGGCCGAAAACAUAACACAGGCUGCCUAUGAAGCAACUGGCUUCCAGAUAUACGAGGUGCUGCAAGCCUUUAAGCGGGAUACUCCCAACUGGGAUCCGUCUUGCAUGCAACCGGUCUUGACAUUUGGCGGCGAAUAUGCAGAGGACAGUCAUCUGGUGCAGUUCGUUGCGGAUAUUAUUGGCUGGAUGCUAGAACGACCGCAGACAACAUCCCCCGCUAGUAUGGGUGCUAUGAUUGCUGCUGGCAUAACUAUGCGUGUGGUCUCAUUACCUUAUGCGACGCGUAUGUAUGCGCCACCCACAGACGUGUUCUCACCUACAACUACCCAGAAUCGUCGUGAAUUGCUUUAUCGUCGCUGGGAUUAUGCGGUUAAGAAGUGUCUGCAUUGGAAUAAUUUUGAGACCUAUGAAGCGGAUGUGGAAUUGUUUGCUCAGCGCGAGCGGGAUCCCAAUUUACCCAUACGUCGCUCCAUACCGGGCAGUGUAUUUGUUACCACAUCCUUUGCGUUGCUGUUGUUGGCCAGUUUUUUAAAGAACAAUCGCGUAGCUUAGGUGCAGCGUAUUUCGCAUGCUUUUAGGUGCUGCCGGCAGGACUGCGCCACAUUUUUAUCGGAAAUCUAGUCACAACAAAUAUGUAUGUAGGUUCAAUUGCGCAUUCAAA